AUGGUGGUAACGGCCAGUAAAUUCUGUUGUCAUAUUUCAAAAGUAAUAAAUCUAACGUGGACACUACGAGGUGCUGAGAAUUUGAGGAAAGAUCAGAGUUGCGUUAUUGUAGCAAAUCAUCAAAGUUCAUUGGACAUUUUAGGAAUGUUUGAUAUUUGGCCGGUUAUGAAUAAGACGACAGUUGUGGCAAAACGAGAGUUACUUUAUGUCUGGCCAUUUGGCGUUUGUGCAUGGCUAUGCGGACUGAUUUUCAUAGAUAGAUAUGCUGCUGAUAAAGCUAAAGAUACAUUGAAUAAAGCUAUGGAAAAGCUGAAAGCAAAUAAUAUUAAGUUGUGGGUUUUUCCAGAAGGCACACGUCGUAACACGGGUGUUAUUCACGAGUUCAAGAAAGGAGCUUUCAAUGUGGCAAUCCAACGACAAGUUCCCAUUCAGCCAGUGGUGUUUAGUUCUUAUCGAACAUUUCUUAAUGAUGAAUUAAGAAUUCUGAACUCAGGAGAAAUCAUAAUUGAAGCUUUACCUGAAAUCUCAACCAAAGGAAUGACUCAUGAUGAUGUUAAUCGUUUGAUUCAACAGACACGACAAGUAAUGAUUGACAAAUUUAUAGAAAACACAAAAGAAAUUGAACUUAAAGACACACAAAAUUCACUCUCAGAUUGUACGAUGCACAAUGUGACAAUUUAA